UUUAGUUAGUCGCAGAUUUAAAGAAGUCAAAUCAUCUUUUAAUACGAACAACGACCAGAUAAUUAUUAAAUAAAUAAAAAACAUAAAAAUCUACAAUGUUUUCUUAAAAAAAAAACAUGCUGAUAACAAAGUUAACUGUGCAAAAAUGAAAGGGAAAUAGAAGUAAAUUAACAUCAGUAACUGCUUAAAAGUUGAAUGGAAAAGUGGUUGGGCGCUCGAGGAGAACCAACAAGUGCAAAGUGUUUUUAAUUUUCCAACAACAACUAAAUAAAAUUCUUGCACAACGAAUAAGCUAAUUUGUAGCUAGCACAAAUCGAGACCACCAAACGCGCGUCAUAUUACUUUGCAUUGCAGCGGCGUCGUAAAUUCAACUUUGAUCAUAGCCAUGACCACAGAUGCUGAGUUUCUCAGCUCAUAUGAGCAGAUAAAGGAGGCCAAUAAAUUUGCCCUAAAACAGGUGGAGUGUGCCAUUGGCUUGGAAGAACUGGGCAAACCUCUGGAUGCAAUUAGAGCCUACGAAGAAGCCCUCAAGCUCAUUGAGAAAAGUUUCGCCAUUCCAGUGAGUCUGCCCGACAAUACGGAUAAUGUUGAAAAGGAAUGGAAUGAUGCCUGUUUGUUAAUACAAAAAUUGAAAGCGGCAAGAACUGAAGUUACAUACCGUUUAAAGAUAUUAAAACAACAACAUGCCCCCAUUGAUACGGACGCUGUGGAGGCAAGUGAACUUCCGCAAAGUGAUGAGCCACAGGCUAAGAAAAAAUCGAAUCUAUUGGAAAAUCCUCAAACCUAUUAUGAUAUUACCAACAAUGGUGGGGGUCCGGCGAAAACCUAUAAACAAAUAACCAAGGGCCUUAGGGAUAUAAUGGCCGAUCGCAGUAGUCCCGUGUUGUAUGAUACCCUGUUUCAGGCCAAGGUCAAACUGUACAAGAUAAUGCCCAAUGGAGAAGUCAGGAUGUUGGCUGGUGAAACUUCCAUGUCAUUGGUAAUGUGUACCAUUGGCGGUGAAUGGAGCUAUUUGAAUGGCCUAUAUUUCAUACAGUGUGCCAUCAAGGAUCCCAACAUUCCCAGUCCAAUGGAGGAGGAUGGUGCCGCCUCCUCAUCUGUACUCCCCCUAUCGAACUGUAAUGACAUGAUUUGGAUCUAUCCCUUGGUAUCGACUGUAACAACCUGCUAUCACACGGAAUACGGAGCCUUUAUAUUACCCGACUUGGAAUCCAAUGAAAUGGGUUCAGCAUUUGGUCUAAUACUUUGUCCUCCUCCUGAACUCUCCGAAGAGGCAUUUGCCGAUCUGCAACAAUUCUUUUUAGAUCUUCUAGAAGCUGUGUUGGCUGGCACGGUGGAACAAAUACCCGAAACUGCAUUUGGCCGUCCGCCACGCGAUACUAGCCAACAGGUUUCCAAAAAUAUUGUCACGACGGCCGAUUUCAUUGCCCGUGGCCUUAUCAAGGGUGCCGAAAAGACCGGAGAGUUGAUGAGAAAGAGUACACCGUAUAUUAUAUCAAAACUGAAACCAGCACCUGAAAAUCCACCACCCAUUUCACCGGCUGUACACAAUACAGUGGCGGUGGCCAAGGGUGUCACCAGUGCGGCGGUGGGUGUUACAGGUUGGGUAGCGAAUAAAGUCGGUUCGGCCUCGGUGGCCAUUGGUAAAUAUUUGGCACCGCACAUCCAACAUCAUGGAGCAAGUGUGUUACAGAAAACCUGUGGCCUAAAUGAAAAUGAUGCCAACAAGAAAAUGACCGAUGCCCUGACAGUGGCAGCUGGUGCCGUUGAGGGAUUUUCCACAAUCGUUGAUGGUCUGGAAAAAUCGGCAGCCAUUUUGGGCAAUAAUAUAAGUGAAAACUCGGUGAAAAUCAUCGAUCACAAAUAUGGCCGCCCAGCUAGCUCUGUUGCUGCCGAAACCUUCGACACCUUGGGCAAUGCCUUUGUCGUCAGUCGCAACGUCAACUAUAUGCUGCCCAAGGGUAUUGCCAAGAAAUUGGUGAAACAUUCUGGCAAAGCUGUGAUCGAAGAAUAUAAAUACAAACAUGAAUCUCAAUAUAUAACAGCUGGAGCGCUAUAUCCCGAUUUGAGGGUAUUAAAAGAAACAACCACAGCUAAUGUUUCUUCAACAUCAGCGAAUUGAAGUAAACAACAAUAAUAUGCCUAGUUUUACCCCGCUACCAAAUAAAAUAAGAAUUUAUAAGACGAAGUUGAGAAUCGAAUGUUUUUUGCAACUGAAUGAUAUUCACCCCCCCAUAUAUUGUAUUUGUUUUUUAGUUUAUUUAAGAUAUGUAUUUAGUUUUAAUGUAUAGUUUUUUUUUUUAAAGAAUUUAUUGUAAUUG